UGCAGGACGGAAGCUUGUGGGGGGAAGUGACUUUGGAGGAAUGAAAGAGACGCAGGAGAUGCUUGACUUUUGUGGAAGGCAUAACAUCAGAGCAGAUAUUGAGCUGAUUAGGCUGGACCAAAUCAACACUGCCAUGGAGAGGCUGGCCAAGUCUGAUGUGAAGUAUCGCUUCGUGAUCGACGUGGCUAACUCCCUAAAAGGGCGGCUAGAAUAAUGCUAAUUCCAGCUUCAUAAUUGGAGGCCUUGAUGUCAGAGUAUUUUAGGUCUGAGAUGUGAACUUAUGCAGAAGAGGACCGAAUAAUUAAUUUUCAGAAACUGUUAUUGUACCUUUUAUUGCUUUGGUCAUCGGAGGGAGCACAUAUGGAAUAUGGUUGUGUUCCGUUACAUUUUGUUGUCUA